CGGCUGGGUGGCGGGCAGUUCCCGCCGGCUCUGCGCGCCCGCCUCGGGGCUCGCUGGAGAGGACGCGCGCGGCGACGGCGGCGGCGGUUGCGGGAGGCCUGGGCACGCGCGCGGGCGGACGGCCGGGCUGAGCUGCGGGCUGCGCGCCGCCCUGCUCCCGCCGCCGGGCCCCGCGCCGGCUCCCGCGCCCUGCGGCGGCCCCCCGCGCCCCGGCACUCCCCUUUGUCCGUGCGCCCAGGCAGCGGCUGCCGGAGCCCUCGGCGGCCGCGGCGGCGGACGAGGAGGAGGAAGCGGCGGCUCCCCCGCGGCCGCGCGUUGCGGCGAUGCCGGACCAGAUCUCGGUGUCGGAAUUCGUGGCCGAGACCCAUGAGGACUACAAGGCGCCCACGGCCUCCAGCUUCACCACGCGCACCGCCCAGUGCCGGAACACAGUGGCGGCCAUCGAGGAGGCUCUGGAUGUGGACCGCAUGGUUCUCUACAAGAUGAAAAAGUCUGUGAAGGCAAUUAACCUCUCCGGGCUGGCACACGUGGAGAAUGAGGAGCAGUACACCCAAGCCUUGGAGAAGUUCGGGGGCAAUUGUGUGUGCAGGGACGACCCAGACCUGGGGAGUGCGUUCCUCAAGUUCUCCGUGUUCACUAAGGAGCUGACGGCACUCUUCAAGAAUCUGAUUCAGAACAUGAACAACAUCAUCUCCUUCCCUCUGGACAGUUUGCUGAAAGGGGAUCUGAAAGGCGUGAAGGGGGAUCUGAAAAAGCCGUUUGACAAAGCGUGGAAGGACUACGAAACAAAAAUAACCAAGAUAGAGAAGGAGAAGAAGGAGCAUGCCAAGCUGCACGGGAUGAUCCGCACUGAGAUCAGUGGGGCCGAGAUCGCCGAAGAGAUGGAGAAGGAGAGGCGGUUCUUCCAGCUGCAGAUGUGCGAGUAUCUGCUGAAAGUCAAUGAAAUCAAGAUUAAAAAGGGAGUGGAUCUGCUUCAGAAUCUCAUCAAAUAUUUCCACGCUCAGUGCAAUUUUUUCCAGGACGGACUGAAAGCUGUGGAAAGUCUCAAACCUUCCAUUGAAACACUGUCGACGGAUCUCCACACGAUCAAACAGGCCCAGGACGAGGAGAGGCGGCAGCUGAUGCAGCUCCGAGACAUCUUGAAGUCAGCCCUGCAGGUGGAGCAGAAGGAGGACUCCCAGCUCCGCCAGAGCACGGCCUACAGCCUGCAUCAGCCGCAGGGCAACAAGGAACAUGGCACAGAGCGCAGCGGCAGCCUCUACAAGAAGAGUGACGGGAUCCGGAAGGUUUGGCAGAAGAGAAAGUGCUCCGUGAAGAAUGGCUUUCUGACUAUUUCCCACGGAACCGCUAACCGGCCUCCUGCCAAGCUCAACCUCUUGACCUGCCAAGUGAAGACCAACCCGGAGGAGAAGAAGUGCUUCGACCUGAUCUCACACGACAGGACGUACCACUUCCAGGCCGAAGACGAGCCGGAAUGUCAGAUCUGGAUGUCCGUGCUACAGAACAGCAAAGAGGAGGCGCUGAACAACGCGUUCAAGGGUGACGACAGCGCAGGGGAAAACAACAUCGUGCAGGAGCUGACCAAGGAGAUCAUCUCCGAGGUCCGCAGAAUGCCGGGCAAUGACGUGUGCUGCGACUGCGGGGCGCCAGAUCCCACAUGGCUUUCCACCAACCUGGGCAUCCUGACGUGCAUUGAGUGUUCCGGAAUCCACCGCGAGCUGGGAGUCCACUACUCCAGGAUGCAGUCUCUUACCUUGGAUGUACUGGGGACAUCUGAGCUACUGCUCGCCAAGAACAUCGGGAAUGCGGGCUUCAACGAGGUGAUGGAGUGCUGCCUGCCGGCCGAGGACUCCGUCAAGCCCAGCCCAGGCAGCGACAUGAACGCAAGGAAGGACUACAUCACGGCCAAGUACAUUGAAAGGAGGUUCGCGAGGAAGAAACACAUGGAUAACGCGGCGAAGCUACAUAGCCUGUGUGAGGCCGUCAAGGCCCGAGACGUGUUUGGGUUACUACAGGCCUGUGCCGAUGGUGUGGACCUGACCGAGAAGAUCCCUCUGGCCAACGGACACGAGCCGGAUGAGACAGCGCUGCACCUGGCUGUCAGAUCUGUGGACCGGACUUCUCUCCACAUUGUGGACUUUCUGGUUCAGAACAGUGGGAACCUGGACAAGCAGACGGGGAAGGGCAGCACAGCGUUGCACUACUGCUGCCUGACGGACAACAACGAGUGCCUCAAGCUGCUGCUACGGGGCAAGGCCUCCAUCGAGAUAGCCAACGAGGCAGGGGAGACGCCGCUGGACAUUGCCAAGCGCCUCAAACACGAGCACUGUGAGGAACUGCUGAACCAGGCCUUAUCCGGAAGGUUCAAUUCUCACGUCCAUGUGGAGUAUGAAUGGCGAUUGUUGCACGAAGACCUGGAUGAGAGUGAUGACGACAUGGACGAGAAGUUGCAGCCCAGCCCCAACCGGCGAGAGGACCGGCCCGUCAGCUUCUAUCAGCUGGGAUCUGGACAGCUGGCGUCCAACUCCGCCUCUUUGGCCCGAGACACCACCAGCCUUGCCAAGGACAAGCAGAGGGGCUUCGGGCCCAGCAUCUUGCAGAACGAGACCUACGGUGCCAUCCUGAGCGGCAGCCCACCCCCUGCCCAGCCCGCAGCUCCCAGCACCACGAGCGCCCCCCCACUGCCCCCUCGGAAUGUUGGCAAAGUUCAGGCAGCCUCUGCUAACGCCCUGUGGAAGACAAACGCCGUGAGCGUGGACGGGGGAAGCAGGCAGCGAUCUUCGUCAGAUCCGCCAGCUGUCCACCCACCGCUGCCCCCUCUCCGCGUCACGUCUACCAAUCCUCUUACCCCAACGCCGCCCCCUCCAGUCGCCAAGACACCCAGCGUGAUGGACACCCUGAGCCAGCCCAGCAAGCCUACCCAGCCUGGGGUCUCGCAGAGCAAGGCCCCAUCCCUGCCGCCUCAGCCCCCCAGCCGUCUCCCCCAGAAGAAGCCAGCUCCUGGGGCUGACAAGUCAACCCCGCUGAUCAACAAGGGCCAGUCCAGGGGACCUGGAGACGUCUCAGGAACAGAAGCUCUGGGUCCUCUGGCCAAUGCCAUGGUCCUGCAGCCCCCUGCGCCCAUGCCCAGGAAGUCACAGGCGACCAAGUGGAAGCCCAAGCGAGUCAAGGCGCUGUACAACUGCGUGGCCGACAACCCGGAUGAGCUGACCUUCUCUGAGGGGGAUGUGAUUGUCGUGGAUGGCGAGGAGGAUCAGGAGUGGUGGAUCGGCCACAUCGACGGAGACCCCAGCCGCAAAGGAGCAUUCCCCGUGUCGUUUGUGCACUUUACCACCGACUGAAUGGCUGCGGAGCAGACAGUGACGCUCUUCCCAGCUGUCCCUCUUUCGUCACCGGUACCGACUCCCUUGUCCAGGCACCGGUUUCAUGAACUGGAAAGUAGCCCAUUUUUUCGAACACCUCUGUUCUGUUUUACAAACUCGAAGGUCGUUUUUUAUAUCUUGAUGGUUUUUAUAAUUUGUGAUUAUCAUGAAACAUUGCUAUACCUUUAUUAGGGAGAAUCAAAUUACCUAAAAAGGUGACCUGAAGAGUUAUUUUAACUACACAAUUCACAUCCCUAGAGUGUGCUCAGACAAAAAAUCCUAAGAGCUUUGGAUAUUAACUCUUCUUGCUCCCCUUCACCCAGUUAUGGGAUUGGCGACCUUUAGUGCAACUAGUGUUUUAGGGAGCCAGUUAACUGCCACUUCAGGGGUCCACUGCCCAGCCCUGGACUUUGAUACAUGCCAUUACCUCUAAACACA